GUGUACGGGAAGGAAUGAGCUCCAGAACAUUGCACUGGAGAGGGAAUGCUGCUCUUACGAAUUGCUGCCUACUGAGGGAAUUCAGUGUGGCCUUCUGCCUCCAGCACCCACGUUGGAUUUCAACGGAUGGCUCUGUGCUGGGGAGACUUUGAUCUCUCCAGUUGUAUCCAAACUGGAUUUGAUCCUUGGGGUCCAUCAUAAAGAUUCUUCUCUGUUACUGCUAAAUUAUUGUGUUGAUCAAUGAAAUCAUUAGGCACUGCUCAAGUUGCUCUUCAUUAAUUUGCCAAAAGUUGCAUUGAGGGGAUAUUUUUAAUUACUAGCCAAAUGCUUGGAAAGUGUUAAGGUGUUGGAAUUUUGGGUGGCUCAUGAUUUCAGAUAGCUCAUCGCCUUGGGAAGAGCAGUCAGUUGUACCCGCCUCCCAUGUAGAAGUUUUUCUUGUGUAUGGAAAAAGCUGACUUCCUAAUGUGUUUAUUUUUCUUUCACAGCUGAAAGCUGAUGUGGUUCCAAAGACAGCAGAAAACUUUAGAGCUCUUUGUACUGGUGAAAAAGGAUUUGGGUAUAAAGGAUCCACUUUUCACAGAGUGAUUCCUUCAUUUAUGUGCCAGGGUGGUGACUUUACAAAUCAUAAUGGAACUGGUGGAAAAUCCAUUUAUGGCAGUAGAUUUCCAGAUGAAAAUUUCACACUUAAGCAUGUAGGACCUGGUGUUCUUUCAAUGGCCAAUGCAGGACCCAAUACAAAUGGAUCUCAGUUCUUCAUUUGCACUGCAAAAACCGAGUGGCUAGAUGGAAAACAUGUUGUUUUUGGGCAUGUAAAGGAAGGAAUGGAUGUCGUGAAAAAAAUUGAGAGCUUUGGUUCCAAGAGUGGAAAGACCUCCAAGAAGAUUGUCAUUACUGACUGUGGUCAGCUGUCCUAGCCUUUUGCCCUACCAUUCAGGACAACUUCGAUGCUGUGAAAAGUGAAUCAUAAAAAACCCCAAACAUUUCUGAUCCCAUGAGUAGCACCUAUGGAACCAUAGUUCCUAUUUAACUUGGUCCAGCUUUUAUUCUUACAUUGAAUAAUAUUGAUUAAAAGCACAAAACAAUAAUUGAAACGUGUUUUAACUGAGCUACUGUGGUAGUCACACUGUCACACUGAUUUGCUAGAGUCCCAUUGCGUUUUGAAAGAAGUAGUACGGUCACUCAGCAUAUCUGACUGCAGCGUUGAUAUUGUUCUCAGUAUUUGGGUGUUCCAGGUGUUAGAAUCGGUGGUGGAGUUGACAACUAAGUGUUCUAUACCUGGGGGGUUAGAUACAAAUUGAGAAAUACCUUGUUUCCUUUGGUGCUAAUAAACGCCUGUUCUGUUGUUCGUCUCAUCAUUUUGAAAAAGUAAUGCUAACUAGUGCUCUCAAGGCUGUCUGCAACACGACUGUCAGACAUCAUCUUUCUGUGUCUCAAUUUAAGUCUAUCCAGUAGAAUUAAUAUGUGGUUGUAGGUUUUUUAAAAUUAAUUCUGUUUUAAUCUUUUCUUUUUUUUGUAGUCUCAGAUCACUGUUUUAAACUGAACUCUACCUUACCUUGCUUCAAUGGAGCAAUUUGACUUUUGGGUUAAGUAAAUUGCUUUAGGUUGAAUUAGCCUACUACUAGAGCUCUACCUGGGCAAUAAGACCACAAAUUAGCCAGAAGAUCAUGGGACUUUUUUUAUUAUGCAACUGUGAACUUACUUGAAGUGCAGUUCUGCUCUGAGACCUGGUUCUGUGAGGAAUGCAGCACAGUUCUCAAAAGAUAGCCUAUUUUUGCACUUUGAGAAUAUAAUCAGACUAAAGUAAGCUUUCUUGAGUGAGAAACAGGUUUCAUUGCUUUUUUGUCCUGUUGGUCCUGCGAAGUCAGCCCACCUUGGGUAUUACUUGGAUUAUGAUUUCUUCUCAUACAUCAUCAGCAGAAGUCAAAAUCGGUCACCACGAAAUCGCAAGGCCUAAUUGGUGCAACAAAAUCGUUAUUGUUGGGGUUGAUGCACGAGAACGAAAGAAUUCAGCUGAUCAGAUAAACACAUUUCAUUUGUAUAAACUGGUAUGUUUUAUGUGGAGUACUUGAGCAGUAACAAAUGUUGGAACCUCACAACAUCACUUUCAGAAUCACUAAAGCUGUAAAGUAUUAAUGCUUGAGGAAAAAAGCACUUGACUGUUUUUGUGCAAUAAUCUUGUUACUGAAGAGAAAAAUAAAAUGUGAUGGCUGUCUUCAAAUGUGAA